GAUAUUAUCUGUCAAAAAUAUUAGAAAGUAAAGAUAAGUAACAGGCGAUAUGUAAAUAAAUUUAUAUAGAUUCAUUUUAUUUAUAUGUUUAAUAAUAUGAAUAGUUUAGGACUAAAUAUCAUAUUUAAAAUGGGUUGUUUAUGUUCGCGUGAAGUAGUUCAUAUUAAUAAUUGUAAAUACAAGGUCCUCGAUCGUCUCGGUGAAGGGGGCUUCAGUAAUGUUGAUUUAGUGCAAAAUGAACACACCAAGAAAAAAUACGCUUUGAAAAGAGUUAAGUGUCACAGUAAGGAAGAUGAAAAAAUUGCCAUGAAAGAAAUUGAGAUUCAUAGAAAAAUUCAUCAUAUCAAUGUGAUAGAGUUAUUAGAUUCUGAUAUUAAAGGACAGGCAGAUAUUGUGAUAAAUGCAGUCAGUGAAGUAUAUAUGUUGCUUCCCUAUUAUCGACGAGGUACUCUACAACAUCACUUAGAUUUAAAAGGAAUACGUAAAGAUCAUUGGAAUGAACACGAACUGUUAACAAUGUUCUUAGGUAUCUGUGAAGGUGUCAGAGCAUUUCAUGAAGCAACCCCAGAGCCGCUGGCUCAUCGAGAUCUCAAGACAGCCAAUAUAUGUCUUGAAGAUGACAUGACCCCUGUUAUAAUGGACCUUGGAUCUGCAACAGAAGCCAGAGUGAAAAUAUGUGGUGUGCAGGAUGCCCAAAAGUUACAGGAAUUGGCCAGUGAAAGGUGUUCAAUGCCGUAUAAAGCCCCAGAGUUAUUUAAUGUCGAAAGUUACUGUAUGGUCGAUGAAAGAACUGAUAUAUGGAGUUUGGGUUGCAUUUUAUAUGCAAUGUGUUUUUUUAAAUCACCAUUUGAUAUAAUAUAUGAGCGUGGAGAUAGUGUAGCUCUUGCUGUGAUUAGUGGCAAUAUUACAUUCCCAGAGGAAGGUCCUUAUGAUGGAGCAAUACAUGAUUUGAUUGCAUUUAUGCUAAAAUUAAAUCCGAUGGAAAGACCUUACAUUUACAGUGUUAUUGAAAAAACUGUAGACUUAUUGGCUCAAUAUGAAAAUAAAGUUUAA